CCAAAACUAAUUUUUCUGUACACAAUGAAUACACAAACUUCAGAUGAAUUUUAUUUUGAUUAUCCGAAUAUAAAUAAGGUAAUAAUCGAAGGUGUUCUCAAACGUUUGAGAAAUUCACCUGUCAGUGACAACACUUCAGCCUUUUAUUCGUCAUUUUCAAAAGAUCGUUUAAUGAAACGUUCUGUACUGACUUCAGACUAUGUGUCUUCCACCACUGCUGCCUCUGUCUCCAGCUCAACACCUGCACUGCUGCCUUCAACAUUACCGCCUUCCACUGCAACUGCAUACGAUAUAGACUUUGUUCGUGUCAAAAUUCAGGGAAUUAUAUUUGAUGUUAAAUUUCAACGUCCAGAUUAUAAAUCGAAUGGAGGUUUACAUCUACGGAAUUUAAUGAAACCAUUUCAACAUUUGUUAUUAGACCCACAGUAUACUGAACAAGUUAUUACAACUUAUAAUCCCCUGGUAAUGCAAAAUGAAAUAUGCAAAGAAUUCGAGAAUAAUCAAUCCGACCAACAUGUUACCAAUACUUUCUUCAUAGUGAAUGAUGUCGGUGCACUCGUUGAUCGACCAAUGCAGGACAGGCUUCAUCGACUGUUCUUUCAAAUCACAUCUGCACUUGGUAUACCAAGUAUUACAUGGUUACCAACUAGAGUUGGACAAUUUGAGCUGGAUGAUUCACAGUUGGCUAUUCGCUUAGAGCCACUCACUUGGCAUGUAGCACGAGGAUUGGUCGAUUUCAUGCAGGCGUAUAAAUGGAAUCUUGUCGUCAUGGUAUACGAUACACUGGUGCCUGGAUCAGAUGUUUUAGUUGAAGAGAUAAGAACAUUACAGAUAGAAAGAAGUGCACAAGAUCAUCCAAACUAUUUUGAAUUUGAAAUAAACUAUCAGUUUCCGUUCGAGGGAUUAACAUCCGUUGAGUUCUUUGAAUGCAUAGAUGCACUGCUACGCGAAAUUCGACCGUGUUUAGAACCAUUACUUAAUAUUCUAGAAAGUAUAUACCGUGCAGAUGCAAGAGUUAUAAUAUUUAAUGGAAAUGUCUUUGAUUUAAAUACACUAUUGUACAUAGCAGACAGUUUAAAUGGAACAAAGCAUGAACAUUUGAAAGCACUAUUCGGUGAAGACUAUGUAUGGAUAUUCACACCGUCUACCAUGAGUUCUCUGAAUGUUGCACACAGUCAAGACAAAGAAUCCGAGGAUAAUAAUGUCCUAGCAGAAUCAACAAUGUUUAAAAAAAUCCCUGGAAUGUUUGCUUUAAUAUGUUUAAAUGAUUACAGCAGCCGUAAACGUAGUGCUGAAAUAGCUCGUGAAGUUUGGCAAAAAUCAAUGAUUGAAUUAAUUUAUCAACUGACACAAAUCUAUCCACCAGACAGAUCGAUACAGAUUGACACGCUGAAUAAAGAUACACUGGUUUACUUCAAACAAAUCUUGGAAAAACUUAGACCUGUAAAAUUAUGCCAGUAUUCUGACCAUUUAAGUUGGCAAUGGGGACGAAGAAUGUACGACAUCAUGCACACAAUCGUUGUGAACGUGGAUAAUGAACCGAUCACUUUUUUACCCAAUGGUGGAUUAAAUGUCUCCAAGUUAUACAUUUAUAAUUCCAGGAUUACUGAUGGUCAAAUGAAAUGGUAUAAGGUUGGAACCUGGUCUAUGAGUAGUAAAUGGGGUAGAAGUAAAUCGAAGCUGAGAAUUGAUGGCGUUACUUGGCCUGGUGCAGCGAAUUCGCCGCCUAAAGGUCGACCAAAUAAAUUCAAGCUACGUGUGGUCACAAUAAAAGAGAUACCUUUUGUAAUUUAUAGUAAAGCUCAAGAAGGUGGAACAUGUGAUGCAAAUUCAAUUCCAUGCAAACUUCGACCUGAAUCUCUACAAGAUGAAGACAUCUCCGGGAAAACUUCAAUCAUGCAUAAAACACUCAGCUCGGUCGGAAUAAAUUCUAUUCAUAAAGAUUUUCAAAAACAAGCUAAACAAGAGCUGUUCACAUCCAGAUUGAACAGGUCGGCCGAGUUAAAGGAUACAAACAAUUCUGUAGUUUAUGUCAAUGGAUGUUGUUCUGGACUGACAAUGGAUUUACUAAUGGAAUUAAUGAAGGACUUGAACUUCGAAGUUGAAAUGUUUGAAGUAAUGGAUGGUUUCUGGGGAGCUUGGACACCAGAUGGAUGGAAUGGUAUAAUACGUGAUUUAAUCGAUAAUAGAGCUGAUAUGGCAGUGACUUCAUUGAAAAUCACACCGAAUCGAUCACAGCAAAUUGAAUUCAGUGUACCAUUCCUGGAAACCGGUAUAGCAGUUUCAGUAGCUUUACGUGAAGGCGCUAUAGCGCCAACAGCUUUUCUAAAACCAUAUGACUAUCAAUGUUGGUGCGUCAUUUUAGUAUUCAGUGUACAUGCAACAGGUGCAGCACUUUACAUUUAUGAAUGGUUUAGUCCAAAUGGAAUGAAUCGUGGACGAUCACCCGAUCAAAACCAUCGUUUCUCCUUCUUCAGUUCACUUUGGCUAAUCUGGUCAAUGUUAUUUGGAGCUGCAGUGAAUGCUGAGAAUCCCAGAGGGAUGGCUAGCCGAUUCAUGGCAAAUAUUUGGGCUUUAUUUGCACUUGUAUUUCUAGCCUCGUAUACGGCAAACUUAGCCGCCUUUAUGAUAGCCAAAGAAGACUACUUUGAGUUAAUUGGUGUCAAUGAUUGGCGAUUACAGCAUCCUUGGUAUCUGAAACCACCAUUGCGAUUUGCCACUAUUCCAAGUGGAGCUACUGAAGAGAAUAUAAAAAUCAAUUUUCCAGAAAUGCAUAGGUAUAUGAGCAAGUUUAAUAAGUCCACUGUUGAAGAAGGUCUGAAAGCAACGAAAUCAGGGCAACUUGACGCCUUUUUAUACGAUGCAAAUGUGCUAGACUAUUGGGCAAUGAAAGAUGAAGGCUGUAAACUACGUACAGUUGGAAAUUUAUACGCAAUGACCGGCUAUGGCAUAGGCUUUUCCAAAAGUAGCCGAUGGUUAACUAAAAUUAAUUCACGGAUAUUGGAUUAUCAAAAAAACGGUAAAUUACAACGGUGGAAAAAGUUUUGGCUAACAGGUUCAUGCAAGAAAGAUGCUGCUGUUGGAAAUGCUAACAAAACACUGGGAGUUAAAAAUUUCAUUAGUGCUUUCAUACUACUUGUUUGUGGAAUGCUUAUUUGCACUGUAUUCUUGUUACUUGAGUACGCUGUCUAUUGGUAUGCCAAACCGAAAUUGAAAAAGCUAAAUCAAUACGGAUGUUUUGGUCGAAUCGCUUCGCCACUGAAUCAUGCACCUAGGCAGUCUGAAGCAGAUAAUCGGAUGGUGCAGCUGCAUCAUGAAGAUAAAUGUAAAAAUCCCAUCUGUGAUAUGAAGACAAAGAAGUACUUGAAAGAGCUUAAAAUCCUUCGAAGCCAACUAGAUGAACUACAGGAAAUUCUGAAGAAGAAAAAUCCAUCAGUCGAACAACACAUUGCCACAGGAGAGAUUGAUGCUCAAAAUAAGACAACAUUCGAAUAUCUAUACAAGAAGAAAAGAACAGACAUUGUGAGUAAUAAUGAACCUACCGAUUUAGAUGAGCAUGAAAGGAAUACAAAUAAUAAACUUAGAUUGAAAAUUGAACCUACUGAAAAAUCAUUGACGAUGAUGAAUAAUACAAAAGCAGCAUCAGUAGGCAAGGAAAAACAAAUGAUGAUGGCGACAGCAACAACAACAACGACAGCAACAACAGCGACGAAAACGCCACUGAGUCAGUCAACUAAAGGUACACGUCAAAAAGUGACGAUAAUACCAAUCGCCAACCAAAUUAAUGAACCUCAACAGGCAAGAACUUGUGAUGAAUUAUUAUUAACAAAUGGAAUGGAGACGAAAUAUGUUAUCCUGCCUAAAUUAGAAUCAUCACCGAACAGAAGAAGACGAUUCAUCAGAUCACAAUCAAUAGAUCCGAAUUCAUUAGUGACAACAUGUCAAACAGACUACAAGUUUAUUAUCCCUAAUAGUUCAAUGCCUACAGCACAAACAAUUUCACAAAAUGUUAAUCACAAUGAAACUCAUAUGAUUACACCUGUACAACAAAAUGAUGUCAGUAUAAAUCUCACAAGUCGAACUGUUGAAUCUUCGCCUAACAAUGAAUUAAAACCUUGUUCAUCUCUAAUAAGCAUAAAAAGUAGAGAAACAGACUUAGAACGCCAAAAUCGAGGAGAGAUUAUGAAGUGUUUAGUUGAAAAAGAAUCAGUUUUAUGA